UGUGUGCGUUCCCGCAGCAACAGGGAAGAUGGCAGCACUCACAUCUCUCACCCAGCUGUCAAGUGGGAACCCUGUGUACGAGAACUUUUAUAGACAGGUGGACCCAGGAAACACGGGGAGAGUAGGGCCCACGGAAGCUGCGUUGUUCCUGAAGAAAUCUGGCCUUCCUGAUGUCACCUUGGGAAAGAUCUGGGAUUUGGCAGACCCAGAUGGGAAAGGGUUCUUGGACAAACAGGGGUUCUAUGUAGCUCUGCGGUUGGUGGCCUGUGCACAGAGCGGACAAGACGUCAGCCUCACUAGUCUGAACCUCACUAUCCCUCCCCCAAAAUUUAAGGACACUAGCAGCCCAUCGCUCAGCACAUCAUCGGUCUCUAGUGAACCCCACUGGGCUGUGAGGCCCGAAGAAAAGAGUAAAUUCGAUGGGAUAUUUGAAAGUCUUGCACCAGUCAGUGGACUGCUCUCUGGUGACAAAGUAAAACCAGUUCUAAUCAACUCAAAACUACCUCUGGACGUGUUAGGAAAGGUUUGGGAUCUUAGUGACAUUGAUAAAGAUGGACAUCUGGAUCGAGAUGAGUUUGCUGUGGCCAUGCACCUGGUCUAUCGGGCCCUGGAGAAGGAGCCGGUCCCCUCUGUUCUCCCCUCCUCUCUCAUCCCUCCUAACAAGAGGAAGAAGUCUCUGGUUGGCUCACUCCCUGGCACCGUGCCUGUGCUGCCCGCCAGCCCCCCGCCCCCCAAGGACAGCCUGCGCUCCACCCCUUCCCACGGCAGCAUGAACUCCCUCAACAGUGCCGGGAGCCUUUCCCCCAAACACACACUCAAAUCUGCGCAGCACUCAGUGAACUGGGUGGUCCCGGUGACAGACAGAGGACGCUUUGAUGAAAUCUUCCUGAAGACAGACUUGGAUCUGGAUGGUUUUGUCAGCGGAAUGGAAGUCAAGGACAUCUUCAUGCACUCAGGGCUGCCUCAGAAUCUACUGGCACAUAUAUGGGCCCUGGCAGACACCAGGCAGAUGGGGAAGCUGACGCGGGAGCAGUUUGCUCUGGCCAUGCACUUCAUCCAGCAGAAAGUCAGCAAAGGCAUGGACCCUCCUCAGGCCCUGACCCCUGACAUGAUCCCUCCUUCAGAGAGGGGCACUCCCGUUCCAGUGUGUACCACUCCCUCCCAUAGUAUGUCUGGGUAUGUGACCCCUGUGAGCUCUGAGAUGGCUGCUCUGUCUGAGAUGAGGCGGGACAGCUCCAGUUCUGUUGGGUCAGGGUCAGAGUUCACUGGAAUCAAGGAGCUUGAUGACAUCAGUCAAGAGAUCGCUCAGCUGCAGAGGGAGAAAUUCACCCUAGAGCAGGACAUUAGAGAUGCUGAGGAGGCCAUUAGACACAAGUCCUCAGAGGUGCAGGAGAUGCAGAACGACCUGGACAGAGAGACGUGCAGUCUGCAGGAGCUGGAGGCCCAGAAGCAGGAUGCCCAGGAGCGGCUGGAGGAGAUGGACCAGCAGAAGGCCAAGCUGGAGGACAUGCUCAACGACGUCAGGAUCCAGUGCAACGAGGAGUCCCAAAUGAUCUCAUCUCUGCAGAACCAGAUCCACUCCCAGGAGACAGACCUGCAGAGCCAGGAGGAGGAACUGAGCCGGGCUAAAGCAGACCUGAACCGGCUGCAGUUGGAGGAGAGCCAGAUGGAACAGAGCCUGACUGCCGGCAAGUUCCAGCUGGAGACCAUCAUCAGGUCCCUCAAAGCAACCCAGGACGAGAUCAACCAGGCUCGCAGUAAGCUGUCUCAGAUCCAGGACAGCCAGCAGGAGAUGAAUAAGAGCAUUGAGCAGUACAACAGCACCUUAAAUGGGACACACAGAGGCAGCAUGACCAACCUGGCUGACAUGAGCGAGGGAUUCCCCGACCGCGAGAACGGAGACUUCGGCGCCGUGGAGGACCCGUUCAAGGUGAAUACAUCUGGGUUCAAUAGCGUCCCUCAGGAGAUGCACACAGACCCUUUUCACUCCGAAGACCCCUUCAAGACAGACCCGUUCAAAGGUGACCCCUUCCAAAAUGACCCUUUUGCAAAGCAGUCAUCACUACCAGCCGCUGCAGAUCUCUCUCUCCACCCAGACCCCUUUGGAGGGGACCCCUUCAAAGAGACGGACCCCUUCAAGGCCUCGUCAGAAGACUUCUUCAAGAAGACCACCAUCAAGGCAGACCCCUUCAGCACCACCGACCCUUUCAGUAAAAGUGCCACCCUCCCCACCAAGACAAGUCAUUUUACAAGCAGCGCAGACCCUUUCUUAUCCAUUAGCCCAAAACCCACCAGAGGCCCAGGACCAGAUCUCUUUGGUACUCUGGACCCCUUUGGAAGCAGCACUGCUUUUGGAGGCAGUAACAGCUCAUUUGGCAGUAUCAGUAACAGUGGGUUCGCAGACUUCAGCCAAAUGUCAAAGAUCAGAGACCCAAUGGAAGGAAGAGGAGGUUUCCCAGAAUACCAGCAGUCGGGGUUUGUGGAGGACCCAUUCAGUAGGAAUCAGGACGGCCCAGCUCUGCCGCCCAAGAUGAGUGUUCCCCCCAGACCCAAACCUCCCAGUGGUAAAAGCAGCCCUGUCAACUUGCCUGGAGGAGCGGGUGACUUGGCCAAGCCCUGCGACCCCUUCCAGCCGUUCGGCAGUGACGCCAUCGACCCAUUUCAGAGUAAAAAGGUGGUCGGAGACCCCUUUAGUGGCAAAGACCCUUUUGCUCCUUCUGCCUCAAGUAAAGCCUCUAAAGACUCUUCCUUGGGUUUUGCAGACUUCAGUUCUUUUGGAAAUGAGGCUCAGCAACUGGAGUGGGCGAAGAGAGAGAGUGAGCGAGCGGAGCGGGAGCGGCUGAAGAGGCUCCGGCAGCAGGAGCAAGAGGACUUAGAGCUGGCCAUCGCUCUCAGCAAGGCAGAGAUGUCCCAUGGGUGACCUGGACUGGACUGGACACCCACACACACACACACACACACAUCCCACUGCACAAAAACUGGUUGAAUCAACGUUGUUUCCACAUCAUUUCAACAAAAAAUAAAUACAUGUGAUGACAUUGAAUUAAAGUUGAAAACUCAUUGGAUUUGUAAAAAGUCAGUAACAUAAGGGUAUUUAGUAUUUUUUUUCAACUAACUUUUAACCUAAAUCCAAUCCAAUGACAUAUUUUUUGUUGAUUUCAUGUUGAGUUCACGUUAGUUGACAACUUGAAGAAAUGUAAAUCAAAACUAGACGUUGAACUGAAUUCUGUGCCCAGUGGGAUGCCCACGCACAUAGAGAUACAGACACAUAUAGACAAACACACAUGUAGAGAAACACACACAUAGAGAUACAGACACAUAUAGACAAACACACAGAUAGACAUACUCUUACUAGCAUUACUCGUGCACAUACACAUGCGUGUACGACUCACACACCAUACCCCAUCACACUGUGAAGGACCUGGAGCUGGCCAUUUCUCUCAGGGCCGAUGUGCCCAACACAUGUCCGCUUCCUUAACCACACACAGACACACACCACCGCCACAACACACAUACACACGCCAUCUGAUACGCACACACAGAAACACACAAUCUCUGGAUGGACAAACUCUCAAAGCAAAAAAAAAAUACAAAACAGAACUUUUGGGGUUAUCCUGGGCCCUGUGGAAACCAGUGGUGUGGUGGUGUAGUGGAGGGGAAACGCAAGUAAAUGCAGUUUACCAACCUUUUUUAUUUUUUUGUGACAGUUAAUCCGCCUUUUGCAAAUGCAUUACUUUUUUCACCACGACCGGUGAUCAGAGUUUACCAACCUAUUUUUUUUACCACUACAUCACUGGUGGAAAUAGAACUGGAUUUGACUUUACGGUGGUAGGUUGGAGUUGGAGUGGGAGAUUGAAGCCAACAAUCACAAUCUCUCUUACUGUUUUUAAUUGAUAGGUGGGGAGGGGAAAAGAUGAUGACCCGUGGUUUUAGAAUUAACUGAUGCACUGUUUAAAUGCACUAUAGAGGCUGGCUCAACAUGAAAGAUGUAAAGAUGAACAUAAUAUGUGUUGGUUUGGUGAAUGAGCAUGAAUCGCAGCUGGAGCUCUGACAGAUGUGAAGAAGGGAAUACCUAAAGGUUAUGCUGGAAUGCUUAUUAAGAUUGAGACAUUAUUUUAGUAUUGGUUUAUUAUGUGAAUGUGGCAAGCCAGUGGCAGGGUUCUUCUUUGACUGGCUACUGUAAGUGUUGUGUGAGAGAGAGGUCUGUUUGGACCAGAACAAACUGUACAGAUAUAUUUUCUUUCUCUUUGAGUGUGAGAUAGUAGAUGCAUUGUUUUGACAAUAAUUCAGUGCUUCUUCAGCGAACAUAGGAAGAAGGAAUGGGUACUUAGCUGUGCCUCCUCUGAAAGUUCAAGUAAGUUCACAAAGCUGUGAUGUAUAUCAAACAACAACCAAAAAAGGCGAGAUGAGGGAAAUUAUUUCAAGUUUUAUUAUGGAGUUUUUUUAAUAAUAUUUUUUUUCACUAUGUGAUGUGUUAUUUUAUUAUUUUAGGUAUUAUUUGUUAAAAGACAGAAACAUUUUGUUUAUUACGAUUCUAGUUGAAAAAAGCUGCCAAAAAUUACAGACCUACAAGCACAAGCUGCAGAGAGGUUAAAGAAAGUUAGAAAUGGCCUGUGGUUUUCUUCAGCUAACCAUCAAUAAUAUGCAAAUUCAUUAGGUCACAUGAGUUUCACAGCUAUAACUGGAAUAUUCCGCUGUUUACGGUACAGUGUGUCAUAGUUUGAUGUUACAACUUGGGCUCAACCACUUUUAUUUAUAGCUGCUUUGUCUUUUACUUGAAACUCCUUGCUGAUGGUACUGCCUGCUUAGCACAUUACACCUGUGGGUUUUACUUCACUUUCACCUUAAUUAAGCUUUGAAUUGAACUGAAUAGAGAUGAUGAUAAUAGCAGCUGAGGUCCUAACCAUAUGAAAAGGACACUUACAUUAAUUGCCCCUGUGUUCUGUCUUUUCCUGUUGUACUGAACUGUAUGUGUCCUACAUUGACUUUUAUAAGCUUCCAUGUAAUGUCAUUGUUGUCACCUACUAUUGUACUAGUCUGAGUGAAAUGACCUCACCUAACUAUAUGGGAUGUUGUGAAAAUGCAUUAUGAAAGUUACAUCCCCUUUGGGUUGGGAAAGGACAUGAUUUAAGUUGCCACAAGGUGGAAAUAGAAACCAUCUCUCUGUAACAUUUAUUUGUUAAUUUUACAUAUCAAACUUCUUUGCUCUAGUGGUUAAAACAGUGUAAUUAUAUUAUAUGUGAAGAACCUGUUCUGGUACAGAUCUGACCUUUAACUGUGCUGCUGUAUAUAGCUGACUCACUGGGCAAAAACUGGUUGAAUCAAUAUUGUUUCCACGUUGAAUCAAUGUUGUUUCCAUUUUAACAAAAAAAUGUAUGCGAUGACAUUGAGUCAACGUAGAAAAAAGUAAUCAACGUGAGGGAAUUUGGUCUUUUGUUUAGGGAUAGGGUAACCUAACGAAGCAGGGGUAAAAGAAACGCCUGAAACCAGAUGCACUGGUCUUGACGAGAAGAAAAAAAACUGUUGGGGGAGGUUCUCUUCUGCACUGUUCAACCAAUCCAGUAAAUGUGGAGGAGGAGUUAAGGGUACCCCUAACCCUACGUAAAUCGAAUGACAUGUUGAAUUUUUGUUGUUGAAUUCAUGUUAGUUGACAACUCAACCAAAUGUAAAUCAAAACUAGACGUUGAACUGAUGUCUGUGCACGGUGGGAGGUAACCUGGGGUCGUCUGCAUUUGACCCUUGACCUUUUUGGCCCUACCUGUGGUGUUUUAAUCACAGGUCAGACUCUCGAAGCUUGGGAUGCCAACAGUCCCGCCCUUACCCAGCAUGCUGUAUGUCAGAACCCCUGUAGUGCACCUUCAGGUUAAAUCCACAGUGAGGGUGUUUGGUUGGCCGGAGACUCAGCCACAGCUCUCUGUUCAUUGGUCAUUUCAUGCCCUUUUUAUAUGCCUUGAAAAUACAUUCAUCAUUUCUUACUCCAUUCUUUGAAGUUAGCCUAGCGGUUAAGAGCAUUGGGCCAGUAACUGAAAGGUUGCUGGUUCAAAUCCCUGAGCUGGCAAGGUGGAAACAAAUCUGUCAUUAUGCCCUUAAGUAAGACAGUUAACCUCCAGCAACAACUGCUCCCCGGGUGCCGAUGAUGUCAAUUAAGGCAGCACCUCUCUGAUUCAGAGGGGUUGGGUUAAAUGCGGAUGACACAUUUAGCUUGAAAUCAGUCAGUUGUGCAACUGAAUAGGUCUUCCCUUGAUCUGACACUGUUGGAUUGGUGAAAGAAAGGGUUCCAUUAUGUAUCCCAAUCACCCAACCAUUCAUGUCAGAUUAGGGAGGCAGGAUGGAGUAUUGAAAUAGGGCCCAACACUACCUAGUGUUCUCUACAUACUUACCACUCAUGCUGUAUUUUGUCUUUGAUACCUACAUCGUGCAAUAGGUUUUAUUUCGUAUUUUUCUCGUUCGUGUGCUGAAAACACCUGUGAAUCCCAUUGGACUUUUAAUAUGUCUAUGCUUUUAAUACGAGUGCCCUCUGCCCCAACUUGGCUGAGUUUGAUCAUACAUUCAGAGGUACAUGCAGAGGCCUAAUACAAGCCUAAACAGAUUGUAGAGAUUGUAGAGGACUUAUCUUUUGUUUUUCUGACAACUGAUCUGUCUUCUGAAGCUCGAUGCAUUCCUUUUUCUUUUGGUCUGCCUUUAAUUGUCUUUCCGCUGUAGAUGAGAAGAAAUAAUCAAAGCUGUCUUAAACGGUAUACUAUGUCUGUUAUAUUUGUCCCAUAAGAAGUGAAAAAAUGUACAACUUAAAACAUUUUGAGGAUAUAUGACUAUACACUAAGAGUAAAAAAAAAUGCUUGGAUUUAUUUUAAAUGUUAAUCCUAUGUACAUGGUCAUUGUUUACUAGAAUAAACAUUUCAUUUAAAUAAA